AUGUACAAGCCACCAUGUGCCUUUGCUUGUAACGGCGCCAUCAGCAACAACGCACUCUCAUGUUCAUCGAUGACGGAGAUGGAAGGCAUGGAUUCUAUGCUAAUGACGACGCCCGAAUGUCGAGCCAAUGAUACAUCAUUCCUAACCACGCUGGCGUGGUGUCUACAAUCAAACUGCGCCGAGUUCGACGUUCCAGUCUCUGAGCUGCAGAAGUUCUGGGAAGAACAAGCUACAGGCGAACCGACUGUGCAACCCAAAUGGAGCUACCCUGCGGCGCUGCAGAGCGUCCAGGAAGCGCCAACGAAGAUCCUCACAAUGCAUGACACUCUCAAUUUCACAGCGUUGACGUCGGAAGAGGAUUGGGAUGUGCAGUUCAAAACCCUUUCAUACUUCGAGCGGGAAGAGGCCAUCCAUGCGAGAUAUGGAAUCAUCAUCCUCGUCACCGGCUUCGCAACACCUCUUCUUCUCACCGCUGUGGGAUAUCUGCCUUUCAUAUCUAGCAUCACCCACAAGGUUGCUCCGUACAUCGUUUGGCAAAGUCUCAUCGGUACAUAUCGAGUCCGUCCUCUUCCAUAUUUGAUUGGAACCGCACCGUCCAUCGGCCAUGCUUCCUACAUUGCCCUCAUGAUCAUCCUGAACGUCAUCCUCACUGCAGUCAACUACAAAUCAGCACAGCCAAACGCAUGGUUCUCGAGCCAAUACCAGGAAGUACUCGAGUAUGUCAUGAUCCGAACGGGAACACUGGGUUUCGCAUUGUCACCUCUGGUCAUUCUAUUCGCUGGCCGCAACAACGUGCUCCUUUGGCUGAGCAAUUGGUCACACUCCACUUUCAUGCUGCUGCACCGCUGGAUCGCCCGCAUCUUUGGCCUCCAGGUCAUCAUCCAUUCCAUCACAGCAUUGGCUCUUUAUUCCAAUAUCGGAACAUACUCGGAAGAGUUGAAGCUUCCUUAUUGGAUCUGGGGUUGUGUCGCCACAGUGGCAGUCGUCAUCAUGCUGGUGGCUAGCAACCUCUACGUGCGUCGUCAGUCGUAUGAGGUAUUCCUCGUCAUCCAUAUCCUCCUCGCUGUCUUCGUCAUUGCCGGCUGCUGGUAUCAUGUCGACAUCCGCUUCCAGCGCAAAUUCGGCUACGAGAUGUGGCUGUACGCAUCAUGCGCAGUUUGGUUCUUUGACAGGAUGAUGCGCAUGCUGCGUGUGCUCAAGAAUGGCAUGCGCCGAUCCAACGUCGUCAACAUUGAUGAAGAUGUGGUUCGAGUGGACGUUCCUGGCAUUUGGUGGGCUGCGAGCCCGGGGCAGCAUGUAUAUGUAUACUUUCCCACGCUCAACCGACUCCGACCCUGGGAGAACCACCCCUUCUCCGUCGUUCCGACAACCAUGUUGUACGAGAAAGCACGGUCAUCUGAGGCCAGCGCAUCACCCACACUGUCAAGCAACGACGUUGAGAAAAAUGAGCGAGCAGAUGUCAGAAUCAGUCCAGUCACUGACAGGGAAAAUGCUGGUUUAACGCUAUUCAUACGCAAGUCAGCUGGGCUGACGAAAGCCUUGACCACAAAAGACAACGUCCUCACCCUCCUAGACGGACCGUAUUCAAAUAAUUCGACCGCACCCGUGUUACAGUGCGACCGUCUGCUUCUGAUCGGCGGCGGAAUUGGUAUCACGGCCCUCGUUCCGUGGAUCGAUAGGCAUCCAAACCUCAAGUUGUCGUGGAGUGUUAAAGACUCUGCAAAGGGUCUUGUGCGCGCUUUGGAGAAUGCAAUUGACCGGGUCGAAGAGAAGGACGUUCGAGUUGGAUCAAGGCUCGAUUUCAAUGCCCUACUUGACCAAGAAGUGCAGUUAGGGUGGUCCAGGAUCGGCGUGGUAGUUUCAGGGCCUGGAGGUCUCUGCGAUGAUGCUGCGGCCGCGGUCAUUGCAGCAGGGAAAAGGGGCAAAGCUUUGUUUGAGCUCGAAAUAGACGCUUACUCUUGGUGA